UGAAUCUUUUUUGGUUUAUUUCCGAGCCCAUCUCCCCUUACCUACGCGUCCUACCAGAAUAGCUCUUAUACGGAGCAAUCAGGUGGCACCAACUCAGAGAGGAGAUCUCGACAGCAUCGUUUCAACAUGCCAUCGAGGAGGUGCCGAUGUACUCUCAGCACUCAACGCUGGGCUAUUCUAUUCAAACGAUAAUAAUGAGACACUUCAGAGUUCAGCCUUUACCUUCAAGGGCAUUUUACUAAGCUGAGGAUGAGUUUCACGCUUCCCAAAAGCGAAUCGACGACCUCCUUACUGAGAUCCUCCGCACCGGCCAGAAGCGCGGCUCAGCCGCACGAUCACCCCGGAGCCCGGCGGACACACCAUCAGCGAUCCGCGGCGGCCUCUGGAGCGGAGCCGGGGGACUGCGAUGCGAGCUCGCGGAGACCCCUGUGUCACCCCUCACUGGUCGGUACCCGGAAUAGCGCAGAGAAGAGCCACCCACAACACUCCCACUCCCAUGGACACGCUCUUUCCACGGCUCACAGUCAGGAAGACCUGUCAGAGCUUCCAGGUGGAAGGGAACGAAGGACAGCCAGACGGCACCAUCAUCAUCACCAUAAUCGUCAUCAUCAUCACCAUCACCACCACCGGUCCACCCGGGACGACCUGCCCCAAGAGCCCCGACCCAAACACUCUCACGCCGCUCGCAUGCCCACCAGAACUCAGUCUUUUUCCGAGUCCAGGGACGAAACGGCUCUCUUUUUUGAGUCACCUCGUCUGGCUCGACCGGGGUCGUCAGCGAGCAGAGAGGCGUGUCCCCCCUCCACCGCCUCAUCCUCGCCGGUGCCCGCAUCCUCCAGCCGCUCCUCCCGGAGAUCAGGGCGGUCCAGCGCAGCAUCUUCUGAAGCGGAUUUCAACCUGCGCCCGUUCCUCAGCUCAGUGUUCGGACAGAAUCGAGAGUUGAGACCAGAGGAGAUUGAUGCCUGUGUGUUAACAUGCCAUUCAUGUGUUUGGUAUGUCUUGACGAGUGAAGAGUUGCGAGAAGCGUUUAAGGAGUUUGAUAAGGAUAAAGAUGGAUUCAUCGGCUGUAAAGACCUGGGGAACUGCAUGAGAACUAUGGGAUACAUGCCCACAGAGAUGGAACUAAUAGAACUGAGCCAGCAAAUCAACAUGAACUUAGGUGGCCAUGUGGAUUUCGAGGACUUUGUAGGGUUGAUGGGACCUAAACUCCUUGCUGAGACAGCGGACAUGAUCGGCAUAAAAGAGCUCAGAAAUGCCUUCAAAGAAUUUGACACAAAUGGAGAUGGUGAAAUAAGCACAGGAGAGCUAAGGGAAGCUAUGAGGAAGCUGCUGGGACAACAGGUUGGCCAUCGAGACCUAGAGGACAUACUGAGAGACAUUGACUUGAAUGGAGACGGCCGAGUAGACUUUGAAGAGUUUGUGCGAAUGGUGUCCCGCUGAAAGGGCAGCGUUCACAUAGUGUCUCCAACAGAAGAAAGUGAGAUGCUGUACUGCUUCCUGCUGGUCAAAGCAGACAGAGUAUUAGACUACUGCAAGAAAGGCCCUGCUGAGCCGGCAGUGGUGUGUGGUAUUAAAAAAUGAAAACUGGAGUUUUUGGAGAGAGAAAAAAAUUCAUACGCACACACACACAAACAAAAAAAAGUAUACAAGUAUACUGUAGCCAAGUGUCUCUGCACUUUCAACCAUGCAAGACCAAACAAAGUUUUUUACACGCACAUUAGAGUACAAUGCUUGAUUAUGGCAAUAUUACAUUAAGUGUUGUCCCUGUUGUCCCAUAUAUGUGUCUCCUUGUGAUAAGCUAGGUGAAGAAAAUGAUGUCAGAAAGUUUUCAGUCACACUCUGUGAAGUCUAUUUUGUUAGCAGUAACGUAAUGGCGUAAAUGCAUUGACUUCCUGAUAAUAUGUUAUGCGAGUCAAGCUCAUAACUCCAGUUUUGAGGCUAUUAUUAUUUGUCCUUGUCAAACUAUUUGCCUGUUUCUCUUCUAAAAUCACAGUGCAUGACUGUAAAACAAAUAUAUUCCACUGUGCAAGAUGGAACCAAAUUUUGUUGCUGGCCUCUAUAGUUUUAAAGAUUUCAUUUUAACACAGAACUGAGUGAUUUCUAAGUUUAGAAAUGUUUGAUUCACUAUUUUAGUUAUCAUGACAUACUUGUCAGGCAACUGAUUUCAAGAGCACAGUUUCACUCUACACAGGCCUAUUUGAAUCAAUGCAAAUGUUCAAUACCCGAUCAUAUGCUUAAGAAACAGACAGUGAAGAUUUAUUUAUUUGACUUGAGCCUCUUUAUGUCUGUUUGCGUGACCAGUGUCGGAGGCAUUCGUAGUCUUAACUGUUAUCUGAUCUGAUUAUUGCAUGCCAAAAAGACCUUCAUAUGUAAUAUAGUGGUUUUAAUACCUUGUAACAAAAUAAGCAAAUAAAACUGUCUAUUAAUAGUGUAUAUUUUUCAUCACCA